AUGGGGACCAUAGGAUUCCAAUUCACAUCUUGGCUCAUCUUCCUGAUGCUGCUGGUCAGCUCAGUUCCUCAUAAAGUAAACAUAAUUCCUUCUCUUCAGACAGGGAGCCUGAGUAAACUAAAGGCGAAUGAAAAUGAGAUCGGCCGAGUAUGCACAACUUGGGGUCAUUACCACUGGAAGACAUUUGAUGGAGAUUUCUACCAGCUGGCCUCCAGCUGUAACCAUAUCUUGGCCUACCAGUGUAAAGAAAGCUACAAUGAUUUCAGCCUCCAAAUGAGGCGCACAGUCAUUGACGACAUCCCCACCAUUAGCAACAUUAUCAUAAAUCUUGAAGGUUCUGAUGUGGAGAUCUCCAACAGCUCAGUGAUACUCGAUGGCAAGACGGUUUCUCUGCCACAUGUCACAUACGGUGUGUCCAUCAUGGAGAAGGAAUCUUAUAUCAUCGUUGAAGCUAAACUGGGAAUUACAGUGACCUGGAACCUGGACGACUCCCUGGAAAUUGAAAUUGAUGAGAAAUACCAGAACAAGAUAUGUGGACUCUGUGGAAACUUUGACGGGGAGGCCAAUGAUUUGAUGAAAGAUGGCGCUCGGUUGUCUGUGGGCGACUUUGCUGACACCUACAAGGUGGACGGGCCGACAGAGAGGUGUGAGGAGCCUGCACCCACCCCAAUCCAGGACUGUGGCAUAAAGGAAUUCUGUGACGAGAUCUUCUCCAGUCCUCCGUUCAAAGAAUGCAACAACCUUUUGGACGUGGAAUCCUUUAAUAAAGUCUGUAUGAAUGAUGUGUGCAACUCAAAAGACACCACUAACUCUAAUCUCUGCAAAACCAUAUCAGAGUUCUCCAGACAGUGUGUCCAUGCAGGGGGCAAGACAGAACAGUGGAGGAAUGCAACGUUUUGCCCCAAGAAAUGUCCAUACAACAUGGAGUUCAUGGAGUAUAGCAAUCCAUGUGUCGACAGCUGCUCCACGCCUCAGGCCAGCCAGACAUGUAACAGAGACUUCAGGGAUGGCUGCGCCUGCCCCAACGGAACCGUCUUUGAUGACAUCAGUAAAACUGGCUGCAUUGCACAAGAUCAGUGUCCAUGUCGGCACCAAAACAAGUUGUACAAGUCAGGAGAGUCCUACUCAUCCAACUGUAGAUCCUGUGUGUGUGAGAGUGGACAGUGGAGUUGUAUGGAGGAGAACUGUCCGGGAACCUGCUCUCUGGAGGGAGGGGCUCACAUCAACACCUUUGAUGGCAAAGCUUACACCUUCCAUGGGGACUGCUCCUACGUCCUGGCUAAGCAGAGUGAUGACUCCUCGUUUGCAGUGCUGGUGGAUCUGGUCAAGUGCGGCAUGGCUGACAGUCAGACCUGCCUCAGAGCUGUAACUUUGAGCUUAGACAGCAGUUCUGUGGUCAUUAAAGUUACGGCUACCGGGAAUGUCUAUGUGAACCAGAUUGAAUCGAAGCUUCCAUUGUUUACAUCGAUGCUGAGGGCCUUCAGUCCGUCCUCCUUCUACAUCGUCAUGGACAUCCAGAUGGGCAUUCAAGUCAUGGUCCAGCUGUCCCCUGUGAUGCAGGUCUUCAUCUCUGCUGACACUUCUCUGAAAGGAACCACCUCUGGUUUGUGUGGGAACUUCAACAACAUAAUGAACGAUGACUUCAAGGUGAUUAGUGGGCUGGUGGAGGGUACUGCUCCAGCCUUUGGCAACUCAUGGAAAACUAAAGCCACCUGCCCCGACAUUACAGCACGAUUUGGACACCCCUGUAGGCAAAGCAUCAACAAAGAGAGUUUUGCCCAGUACUGGUGCUCCAAACUCACCGAUCCCAAGGGAGUGUUUUCUUCGUGCCAUCAUUUAAUUAGUCCCACCUUGUACAACGAAAACUGUAUGUAUGACAGCUGUAACUGUGAGGACAGCGAGGAAAGCAUGUGUGCUGCAGUCUCAGCCUAUGUUUAUGCCUGUGCAGCUGCAGGGAUCCACCUAAGAGGCUGGAGGAACACCAUAUGUGGCAAAUUCAGUGAAUCAUGUCGGGGAGAAACUGUGUAUGACUACAACAUGACCUGCUGCAGCCGCACCUGCCGGUCCCUCAGCCAGACUGACCACUCCUGCAAGAGCAGCAUCACCGCAGUGGAUGGCUGCGGCUGUACAGAGGGAACCUACAUGACUGAGGACAGCCAGUGUGUGUCCAGAGAACGCUGUCCUUGCUAUGAUAAAGAAACCAUUAUUCCUGCUGGGCAGACUGUCAAAAAAGAUGGCAACACAUGUGUUUGCAGACAAGGAGCUCUCAGCUGUUCAGGAGUGACUCAACAACCAUCAUCAUGUGUGGCCCCAAUGGUUUACUUUGACUGCUCCGAUGUUCAACCUGGGAUCACUGGGACUGAAUGUCUAAAGAGCUGCAGCACUCUGGACAUGGCUUGUAUUUCUACCGACUGCACGUCGGGCUGCAUGUGUCCUGAUGGCCUGGUGUCAGAUGGACUGGGAGGCUGCAUCAACGAGAGCAGCUGUCCAUGCCUGCAUAACGGACAGGCCUAUCAUCCCGGGCAGACUCUCACUGUGGACUGCAACAUCUGCUCCUGCAGUGGAAGGAAGUUCACAUGUACCACCAAUGUGUGUGAUGCAGUGUGUGGUAUCUAUGGUGACGGGCACUAUGUCACAUUUGAUGAUAAGAGGUUUGACUUCAAUGGAGACUGUGAAUACACACUUCUACAGGACCACUGUGGCAUCGGAAAGACCAACGGAAGCUUCAGAAUUAUCUCGGAAAAUGUUCCAUGUGGAAGCACUGGAACGACCUGCUCCAAGGCCAUCAAGAUCUACCUUGGGGAUAAUGAAUUCCAAUUAAAAGAUGAAAAAUUCAGCGUGUUAAAGGGCAGCACGGGUAAAGGUGGUAAAUCUAAAUUACAUAAGAUGGGUAUCUACCUGGUGGUGACGAUCAAGCCAGGACUUGUGAUGGUUUGGGACCAGAAGACCAGUCUUUUCAUUAAACUCAACCCGCAGCUCCAGGGUCAAGUAUGUGGUCUGUGUGGAAACUACGACGGUAACAGUAAGAACGACUUUACUACACGCUCCCAGGAGACAGUUGCAGAUGUUCUAGAAUUUGGAAACAGUUGGAAGGUUUCAUCCACCUGCCCAGAUGCCGGACUUGUCACUGAUCCCUGUGCCUCUAACCGCUAUCGAGCAGCCUGGUCCCAGAAACAGUGCAGCAUCAUCACCAGCGUUACCUUCCAGAGCUGCCAUUCAAAGGUUGACCCUGGUCCAUACUUUGAUUCUUGCGUGAGAGACUCUUGUGCUUGUGACUCUGGUGGGGACUGCGAGUGUCUCUGCACUGCUGUGGCUGCUUAUGCCAAAGCUUGUAAUGAAGCUGGGGCCUGUGUUAAAUGGAGAACUCCAAAGCUCUGCCCUGUUUUCUGCGACUAUUAUAAUGCCCCUGGUGACUGUGAGUGGCAUUACAAGCCUUGUGGAGCUGACUGCAUGAAGACAUGUAGGAAUCCUUCAGGAAACUGUUCCACGCUCAUCACUGCCCUCGAAGGCUGCUAUCCAAAGUGUCCCCCAACCCAGCCCUACUUUGAUGAAGACAACAUGAAGUGUGUCACCUGGCGUCAAUGUGGCUGCUAUGAUGACAAAGGCACCCACUACAGCAUUGGAGAUAAGGUUCCAUCGAACAACUGUUACACUUGCUCCUGUUCAGAUUCUGGAAUAAGGUGCAGCUACAAUGUGAACUCUUGUACAUGCUUCAUUAAUGGAAAAACAUAUGAAUAUGGGGAAACCAUCUACAACACCACGGAUGGGCUAGGAAACUGCAUCACAGCUGAGUGUGGGGCAAAUGGGACUGUAACAAGAAGAACGUACACGUGCGUAACGACCACUACACAAGGCCCUCAAACUACGUCUUUUGCAUUUAAAGUUCCUGUAACAGCAACAGAGGGGACCACUGCCACACCUUCAGAAACAACAACCUCAACAGGAACAACAGUAAACGUUGCUACAACUAAACCACCUAAAGAAGUCACCACUGGCCCAGUUACAACCUCUACCACAGCUGUUGUGGAAACUACAACAACGACAGGUGUUACAACAGAAAGUCCAGAAACUACAGUUGUAACAUCAACACCCUCGGUUGUAACCAAAACUACUAAAGUUCCUGUAACAGAAACAGAGGGGACCACUGCCACACCUUUAGAAACAACAACCUCAGCAGGAACAACAGUAAACGUUGCUACAACUAAACCACCUAAAGAAGUCACCACUGGCCCAGUUACAACCUCUACCACAGCUGUUGUGGAAACUACAACAACAACAACAGGUGUUACGACAGAAAGUCCAGAAACUACAGUUGUAACAUCAACACCCUCGGUUGUAACCAAAACUACGGAAGUUCCUGUAACAGCAACAGAGGGGACAACUGCCACACCUUUAGAAACAACAACCUCAGCAGGAACAACAGUAAACGUUGCUACAACUAAACCACCUAAAGAAGUCACCACUGGCCCAGUUACAACCUCUACCACAGCUGUUGUGGAAACUACAACAACAACAACAGGUGUUACGACAGAAAGUACAGAAACUACAGUUGUAACAUCAACACCCUCGGUUGUAACCAAAACUACUGAAGUUCCUGUAACAGAAACAGAGGGGACCACUGCCACACCUUUAGAAACAACAACCUCAGCAGGAACAACAGUAAACGUUGCUACAACUAAACCACCUAAAGAAGUCACCACUGGCCCAGUUACAACCUCUACCACAGCUGUUGUGGAAACUACAACAACGACAGGUGUUACGACAGAAAGUCCAGAAACUACAGUUGUAACAUCAACACCCUCGGUUGUAACCAAAACUACGGAAGUUCCUGUAACAGCAACAGAGGGGACCACUGCCACACCUUUAGAAACAACAACCUCAGCAGGAACAACAGUAAACGUUGCUACAACUAAACCACCUAAAGAAGUCACCACUGGCCCAGUUACAACCUCUACCACAGCUGUUGUGGAAACUACAACAACGACAGGUGUUACAACAGAAAAUCCAGAAACUACAGUUGUAACAUCAACACCCUCGGUUGUAACCAAAACUACUGAAAUUCCUGUUACAGCAACAGAGGGAACCACUGCCAAACCUUCAGAAACAACAACCUCAGCAGGAACAACAGUAAACGUUGCUACAACUAAACCACCUAAAGAAGUCACCACUGGCCAAGUUACAACCUCUACCACAGCUGUUGUGGAAACCACAACAACGACAGGUGUUACAACAGAAAGUCCAGAAACUACAGUUGUAACAUCAACACCCUCGGUUGUAACCAAAACUACGGAAGUUCCUGUAACAGCAACAGAGGGGACAACUGCCACACCUUUAGAAACAACAACCUCAGCAGGAACAACAGUAAACGUUGCUACAACUAAACCACCUAAAGAAGUCACCACUGGCCAAGUUACAACCUCUACCACAGCUGUUGUGGAAACCACAACAACGACAGGUGUUACGACAGAAAGUCCAGAAACUACAGUUGUAACAUCAACACCCUCGGUUGUAACCAAAACUACGGAAGUUCCUGUAACAGCAACAGAGGGAACCACUGCCAAACCUUUAGAAACAACAACCUCAGCAGGAACAACAGUAAACGUUGCUACAACUAAACCACCUAAAGAAGUCACCACUGGCCCAGUUACAACCUCUACCACAGCUGUUGUGGAAACUACAACAACGACAGGUGUUACAACAGAAAGUCCAGAAACUACAGUUGUAACAUCAACACCCUCGGUUGUAACCAAAACUACUAAAGUUCCUGUAACAGAAACAGAGGGGACCACUGCCACACCUUUAGAAACAACAACCUCAGCAGGAACAACAGUAAACGUUGCUACAACUAAACCACCUAAAGAAGUCACCACUGGCCCAGUUACAACCUCUACCACAGCUGUUGUGGAAACUACAACAACGAUAGUUACAACCUCUACCACAGCUGUUGUGGAAACUACAACGACGUCGCCAGGUGUUACGACAGAAAGUCCUGAAAGUACAGUUGUAACAUCAACAUCCUCGGUUGCAACCAAAACUACUGAAGUUCCUGUAACAGAAACAGAGGGGACCACUGCCACACCUUUAGAAACAACAACCUCAGCAGGAACAACAGUAAACGUUGCUACAACUAAACCACCUAAAGAAGUCACCACUGGCCCAGUUACAACCUCUACCACAGCUGUUGUGGAAACUACAACAUCUUCGCCAGGUGUUACGACAGAAAAAAGUCCAGAAACUACAGUUGUAACAUCAAGACCCUCGGUUGUAACCAAAACUACUGAAGUUCCUCUUACAGCAACAGAGGGAACCACUGCCAAACCUUCUGAAUCAACAACCUCAGCAGGAACAACAGUAAACGUUGCUACAACUAAACCACCUAAAGAAGUCACCACUGGCCCAGUUACAACCUCUACCACAGCUGUUGUGGAAACUACAACAAAGACAGGUGUUACGACAGAAAGUCCAGAAACUACAGUUGUAACAUCAACACCCUCGGUUGCAACCAAAACUACUGAAAUUCCUGUCACAGAAACAGAGGGGACCACUGCCACACCUUUAGAAACAACAACAUCAGCAGGAACAACGCUAAAUGUUGCAACAACUAAACCACCUAAAGAAGUCACCAGUGGCCCAGUUACAACAUCUACCACAGCUGUUGUGGAAACUACAACAACGCCAGGUGUUACAACAGAAAGUCCAGAAACUACAGUUGUAACAUCAACACCCUCUGUUGUAACCAAAACUACUGAAGUUCCUGUUACAGCAACAGAGGGAACCACUGCCAAACCUUCAGAAACAACAACAUCAGCAGGAACAACAGUAAAGAUUGCUACAACUAAACCACCUAAAGAAGUCACCACUGGCCCAGUUACAACCUCUACCACAGCUGUUGUGGAAACUACAACAACGACAGGUGUUACAACAGAAAGUCCAGAAACUACAGUUGUUACAUCAACACCCUCGGUUGCAACCAAAACUACUGAAGUUCCUGUAACAGAAACAGAGGGGACCACUGCCACACCUUUAGAAACAACAACCUCAGCAGGAAAAACAGUAAACGUUGCUACAACUAAACCACCUAAAGAAGUCACCACUGGCCCAGUUACAACCUCUACCACAGCUGUUGUGGAAACUACAACAUCUUCGCCAGGUGUUACGACAGAAAGUCCUGAAAGUACAGUUGUAACAUCAACACCGUUUGUCGUUACAAAAACUACGGAAGUUCCUGUAACAGCAACAGAGGGGACCACUGCCAAACUUUCAGAAACAACAACCUCAGCAGGAACAUCAGUAAACGUUGCUACAACUAAACCACCUAAAGAAGUCACCACUGGCCCAGUUACAACCUCUACCACAGCUGUUGUGGAAACUACAACAACUCCAGGUUUUACGACAGAAAGUCCAGAAACUACAGUUGUAACAUCAACACCCUCGGUUGUAACCAAAACUACUGAAGUUCCUCUUACAGCAACAGAGGGAACCACUGCCAAACCUUCUGAAUCAACAACCUCAGCAGGAACAACAGUAAAAGUUGCUACAACUAAACCACCUAAAGAAGUCACCACUGGCCCAGUUACAACCUCUACCACAGCUGUUGUGGAAACUACAACAAAGACAGGUGUUACGACAGAAAGUCCAGAAACUACAGUUGUAACAUCAACACCCUCGGUUGUAACCAAAACUACUGAAAUUCCUGUCACAGAAACAGAGGGGACCACUGCCACACCUUUAGAAACAACAACAUCAGCAGGAACAACGCUAAAUGUUGCAACAACUAAACCACCUAAAGAAGUCACCAGUGGCCCAGUUACAACCUCUACCACAGCUGUUGUGGAAACUACAACAACGCCAGGUGUUACAACAGAAAGUCCAGAAACUACAGUUGUAACAUCAACACCCUCUGUUGUAACCAAAACUACUGAAGUUCCUGUUACAGCAACAGAGUUAACCACUGCCAAACCUUCAGAAACAACAACAUCAGCAGGAACAACAGUAAAGAUUGCUACAACUAAACCACCUAAAGAAGUCACCACUGGCCCAGUUACAACCUCUACCACAGCUGUUGUGGAAACUACAACAACGACAGGGUUUACGACAGAAAGUCCAGAAACUACAGUUGUAACAUCAACACCCUCGGUUGUAACCAAAACUACUGAAGUUCCUGUAACAGAAACAGAGGGGACCACUGCCACACCUUUAGAAACAACAACCUCAGCAGGAACAACAGUAAUCGUUGCUACAACUAAACCACCUAAAGAAGUCACCACUGGCCCAGUUACAACCUCUACCACAGCUGUUGUGGAAACUACAACAUCUUCGCCAGGUGUUACGACAGAAAGUCCUGAAAGUACAGUUGUAACAUCAACACCGUUUGUCGUUACAAAAACUACGGAAGUUCCUGUAACAGCAACAGAGGGGACCACUGCCAAACUUUCAGAAACAACAACCUCAGCAGGAACAUCAGUAAACGUUGCUACAACUAAACCACCUAAAGAAGUCACCACUGGCCCAGUUACAACCUCUACCACAGCUGUUGUGGAAACUACAACAACUCCAGGUUUUACGACAGAAAGUCCAGAAACUACAGUUGUAACAUCAAGACCCUCGGUUGUAACCAAAACUACUGAAGUUCCUCUUACAGCAACAGAGGGAACCACUGCCAAACCUUCUGAAUCAACAACCUCAGCAGGAACAACAGUAAGCGUUGCUACAACUAAACCACCUAAAGAAGUCACCACUGGCCCAGUUACAACCUCUACCACAGCUGUUGUGGAAACUACAACAAAGACAGGUGUUACGACAGAAAGUCCAGAAACUACAGUUGUAACAUCAACACCCUCGGUUGCAACCAAAACUACUGAAAUUCCUGUCACAGAAACAGAGGGGACCACUGCCACACCUUUAGAAACAACAACAUCAGCAGGAACAACGCUAAAUGUUGCAACAACUAAACCACCUAAAGAAGUCACCAGUGGCCCAGUUACAACCUCUACCACAGCUGUUGUGGAAACUACAACAACGCCAGGUGUUACAACAGAAAGUCCAGAAACUACAGUUGUAACAUCAACACCCUCUGUUGUAACCAAAACUACUGAAGUUCCUGUUACAGCAACAGAGGGAACCACUGCCAAACCUUCAGAAACAACAACAUCAGCAGGAACAACAGUAAAGAUUGCUACAACUAAACCACCUAAAGAAGUCACCACUGGCCCAGUUACAACCUCUACCACAGCUGUUGUGGAAACUACAACAACGACAGGUGUUACAACAGAAAGUCCAGAAACUACAGUUGUUACAUCAACACCCUCGGUUGCAACCAAAACUACUGAAGUUCCUGUAACAGAAACAGAGGGGACCACUGCCACACCUUUAGAAACAACAACCUCAGCAGGAAAAACAGUAAACGUUGCUACAACUAAACCACCUAAAGAAGUCACCACUGGCCCAGUUACAACCUCUACCACAGCUGUUGUGGAAACUACAACAUCUUCGCCAGGUGUUACGACAGAAAGUCCUGAAAGUACAGUUGUAACAUCAACACCGUUUGUCGUUACAAAAACUACGGAAGUUCCUGUAACAGCAACAGAGGGGACCACUGCCAAACUUUCAGAAACAACAACCUCAGCAGGAACAUCAGUAAACGUUGCUACAACUAAACCACCUAAAGAAGUCACCACUGGCCCAGUUACAACCUCUACCACAGCUGUUGUGGAAACUACAACAACUCCAGGUUUUACGACAGAAAGUCCAGAAACUACAGUUGUAACAUCAACACCCUCGGUUGUAACCAAAACUACUGAAGUUCCUCUUACAGCAACAGAGGGAACCACUGCCAAACCUUCUGAAUCAACAACCUCAGCAGGAACAACAGUAAAAGUUGCUACAACUAAACCACCUAAAGAAGUCACCACUGGCCCAGUUACAACCUCUACCACAGCUGUUGUGGAAACUACAACAAAGACAGGUGUUACGACAGAAAGUCCAGAAACUACAGUUGUAACAUCAACACCCUCGGUUGUAACCAAAACUACUGAAAUUCCUGUCACAGAAACAGAGGGGACCACUGCCACACCUUUAGAAACAACAACAUCAGCAGGAACAACGCUAAAUGUUGCAACAACUAAACCACCUAAAGAAGUCACCAGUGGCCCAGUUACAACCUCUACCACAGCUGUUGUGGAAACUACAACAACGCCAGGUGUUACAACAGAAAGUCCAGAAACUACAGUUGUAACAUCAACACCCUCUGUUGUAACCAAAACUACUGAAGUUCCUGUUACAGCAACAGAGUUAACCACUGCCAAACCUUCAGAAACAACAACCUCAGCAGGAACAACAGUAAAGUUUGCUACAACUAAACCACCUAAAGAAGUCACCACUGGCCCAGUUACAACCUCUACCACAGCUGUUGUGGAAACUACAACAACGACAGGGUUUACGACAGAAAAAAGUCCAGAAACUACAGUUGUAACAUCAACACCCUCGGUUGUAACCAAAACUACUGAAGUUCCUGUUACAGCAACAGAGGGAACCACUGCCAAACCUUCAGAAACAACAACAUCAGCAGGAACAACAGUAAAGAUUGCUACAACUAAACCACCUAAAGAAGUCACCACUGGCCCAGUUACAACCUCUACCACAGCUGUUGUGGAAACUACAACAACGACAGGUGUUACGACAGAAAGUCCAGAAACUACAGUUGUAACAUCAACACCCUCGGUUGUAACCAAAACUACUGAAGUUCCUGUUACAGCAACAGAGGGAACCACUGCCAAACCUUCAGAAAAACCACCUAAAGAAGUCACCACUGGCCCAGUUACAACCUCUACCACAGCUGUUGUGGAAACUACAACAACGACAGGUGUUACGACAGAAAGUCCAGAAACUACAGUUGUAACAUCAACACCCUCGGUUGUAACCAAAACUACUGAAGUUCCUGUAACAGCAACAGAGGGAACCACUGCCAAACCUUCAGAAACAACAACCUCAGCAGGAACAACAGUAAACGUUGCUACAACUAAACCACCUAAAGAAGUCACCACUGGCCCAGUUACAACCUCUACCACAGCUGUUGUGGAAACUACAACAACGACAGGUGUUACGACAGAAAAAACUUCUAAAGCUACAACUUCCAUUGGCCCAAUAACACAGACACUUCCAGGCACUAGAACUGUUUACACUACUGGGCCAAUUCGAACCACCGUUUUUUCCACACCAUCUCUGUUAACAACAACAACAAAUUCAUGUGUGUGCAUUGUCAAUGGGACCUCACACCAGCCUGGGGACUUGCUGUACAAUGUCACUGAUGGCAUAGGUUGGUGUUACGUUGCAUAUUGCAAUGCAUCCUGUAAAGUUGAUAUCCAAUUCGCUUCAUGUCCCACUACACCGAUACCCAGCACAACCGCACAGUCUAGCACUGUUUCGUCUGGCACCACUACAAAGGCUGCAGUUUCUUCCACCACAACUGUUACUAUCCCUUCAUCUACUCCACCAACAACCCUACUGGACUGCAAUGAUGUUUAUCCACCAAGAAAGAAUGGAGAGUCCUGGAAGGUCAGCAACUGCACCACAGCUACCUGCAACCAAGGCACAAUCACAAAGACACCUACUAAUUGUCCCAAAUCACAAGAGCCCAUAUGUGCCAAUGGACGGCAAGCUGUCAAAGUCUACGAUGAUAAAGGAUGCUGCUUCCACCAUGAAUGUGAAUGUGUAUGCAGUGUCUGGGCCCAAAACCACUACAAAACCUUUGAUGGAAAAUCAUUCAAUUUCAACGAGAGCUGCUCUUACUACCUGGUCAAAGAAAUUAUUACGAGACAUAACCUGACUGUUAUUGUAAACAACCAUGACUGUGAGCCUUCAGACGUCACAUUCUGUCCCCAGACUCUCACUAUAACCUACCGAUCCUACACAGUUGUUUUGUCUCAGUUGAAGACUGGAGGAACAGUGACUAAUGCGGUGUAUGUGAAUAGGAAACGUAUCUAUCCCGCCUUCGAAAAUUCUGUUCUAUUCAUCACUAGCACAGAUAUGGUGAUAACAUUGACGAUACCAGAGAUCAACACAAAAGUGGUCUAUAGGAGCUCCUCAAUCAGCAUUGACCUACCUUAUACCCUAUUUGGCGGGAACACUGAGGGACAGUGUGGGACCUGUGAUAACUCACAGAACAAUGACUGUCGCUCUCCAAACGGCCAGGUGGACAGCUGCUCGGACUCUGCAGGCCAGUGGCAAGUCCCAGGCACACCGUGUGUUACCCCUACAACCCCAACUAUUACAACAUCACCCACCACCAGCUCAAAACCACCAACCACAACGCAGCCCCCUUGCAAACCUCCAAUUUGUAAUAUCCUAACAAGCAGUGUCUUUAAAGCAUGCCACAAAGUCGUACCUCCGGGACCAUUUGUGACUGGCUGUGUGUUUGACAAUUGCAACCUUGGCAAUAAAACCUGCACCAGCCUGGAGGCCUAUGCCACUGAGUGCUCUAAUGAAGGGGUCUGUAUCGAUUGGAGGAAUGCGACCAAUGGGCGCUGUGAGCAAACCUGUCCAAGCAACAAAGUGUACAAGGCCUGUGGCAGCAGCGUGGAGCCGACAUGCAAUAACAGAUACAACAAAAAGUUCGACACAGAUACUAAUGCAUCCACGAACAACACCACGGAGGGCUGCUUCUGUCCUCCUGGCACCAUCUUAUUCAACACCGUCUAUGACAUAUGUGUUGCCUCCUGUGAUUGCGUUGGACCUGAUGGUAAACCCAAAAAGCCUGGUGAUACAUGGAUAAGUGGCUGCAACACAUGUAAGUGUGACAAAGAUUCCAUGAGCAUCCAGUGUGAGCCUGCACCCUGCCCCACAGUGCAGAGCCCUGUCUGCAGCGGACCGGGCCAGCAGCUGGUCAACAACACAGACGGCUGCUGCACAACACAGUCCUGCGAUUGUAAUGUAAACCUGUGUCCAGGACCAAUCAACUGCCCAUUGGGUUUCCAACUCAACAUUACCAGCGGCGACUGCUGCCAGUCCUACGAGUGUGUUCCUAAGGGUGUAUGUGUCUAUGACAUGAAUGAGUAUAAGCCUGAUGAAAAGAUACCAACAGAAACCACACCAGAACCACCAUUAGAAUCACCUUCAUCACCACCAACAACAGAACAACAAUCAGGAACCACAGCACCAUCAGGAGCAGGACAACCAUCAGGAACUACAACAGCACAAUCUUACAAACCAAAACCCUGCCAAGAGUGUUUCUGUGGCCGCAACAUGGAUCCCAUCACUAGGUUGAACAUCAUUAACUGCAGACCUGUUGUCUGCAACACAGAAUGCUCCAAAGGUUAUGAAUAUCAGACCGUACAUGGAAAGUGCUGUGGGAAAUGUGUUCAGAAGAGCUGCAUUUUCACCACACAUGGGAACACCACACAUAUUCUUGAGCUCAACAACACCUUUGUUCCCAAUAAUGACAAGUGUGUGAAAUAUACCUGUGAGAAGAUAAAUGGACAGCUUAUUACCAAGGAGACCAAGACGACCUGUUCUCCCUUUAACCCCUUGGACUGUGAACCUGGCACCGAGACUACUGACGCUACUGGAUGCUGCCAAACCUGCAAGCGGAAGAGUGUCUGUGAGAUAAAGAGUAAGCUAACACUCGUGGAAGUGAACGGCUGUAAGAGCGCACAGCCGGUCAACAUUACAUCCUGCGCUGGACACUGUGGAAGCUCGUCCAUGUAUUCGGCAGCAGCUAACAUGAUGAUGCGCCAGUGUGAGUGUUGCCAAGAGGCCAGCGUAAGUAAAAAGAGUGUGGAGCUGACUUGUGCUAAUGGCUUAAAGAUGAACCACAGCUACACUGCAGUUGAGACGUGCAGCUGCAGAAAGUCAGAAUGUGAGCCUGGGACCACAUCAGAACCACUUCAACGCAGGAGACGCUGAUCUACAGUGCUGUCCACCCGACUGAAGCCUUAGAAACACUGAGCAAGACUUAACCUACUUAUUCUUGUCAGGUGUAUUAUUUAUAGCUAAAAAUGUGCUCUCCAUUUUCACUACAUACUACUGGGAUGUAAAGUUUUUUGGAUGAUUAUUAAUAAAAUGAUACUUCAGCAA